GAGUAAUUUGGUAGUUUGAGGAAAUAGGAAGUCAGUCCAGUAACAUUUAGUACAAAGACAGUAAACAAAAGGCGCUUGUGAAUGAUGGCAGGAAUAAAAGCUCUUGUUGCGUUAUCCUUCAGUGGUGCACUUGGACUGACUUUUCUCCUUUUGGGAUGUGCACUGGAACAUUUUGGAGUGUACUGGCCAAUGUUUGUCUUGUUCUUCUACAUCCUGUCACCUAUCCCAAAUUUAAUAGCCAGAAGGCAUGCGGACGACACUGAGUCAAGCAAUGCAUGCAGGGAGCUUGCAUAUUUUUUAACCUCUGGAAUUGUGGUGUCAGCAUAUGGGCUACCCAUGGUGCUUGCACGAAAAUCUGUGAUCCAGUGGGGCGCUUGUGGUCUGGUAAUGGCAGGCAAUUCUGUCAUUUUUCUGACCAUUCUGGGUUUUUUCCUGAUAUUCGGAGGUGGAGAUGACUUUAGCUGGGAGCAGUGGUAAAAUCUAUCCGGAAGAAGACCAUAACUACAUUAUAUACUUUAAAACUUUAAAUAGCUUGCCAUGGCGAUGCUGAUUAACCCAGGCCUUGACAGAGACUGUGUCCAUUGCUUUGUUUUCCUCUCGGUUAUGGCUGCUUUGGUGCUCUGCUUCUGCCUUUUCAUUUGCAUUACAUAUGCAUGACCCUGUGUUUACAAUAAUUUGCUUAAAAAUGGUAAUUAUAAAAGUUGCAUUUAUAGAAAUAUUGCAUAUUUACUCAAAUCAAAAGCAAAAAAAACAAGCAAUUAUGAUUU